AACAACAUCCUAUCCCUUUUUCCUCUCUCUCUUCUCUCUAUAUCUUUCUUAACCUCAAAAGGAGAAGACCACCCCUCCUUCACUCUAAUUUCUAUAAGAGUUUCAACAUUUCACAACAUAAAAGUUAUUGCACAAAAUCAAACUUAUAUAUACAUACAUACAUAUAUCUUAUUUCAUCAACGUUGAAGAACAACAAGUACUAAUUGUACUCAUCUUAAUUAUAUUACAAGUACAACUUUAGGGUUUUUGUUAUCAUAAGUGAAAUGAUGGCUUCUCCUUCAGAACUAAGCCUUGAGUGUAAACCUCAAAGCUACUCUAUGCUCCUUAAAUCAUUCGCCGGCGAUCACAAUAACUCAUCAGACAUACAAACAACACACAAGCUUGAAGAAUACCUUAAUCGUCUCGAAGAAGAACGCCUUAAGAUUGAUGCUUUCAAGCGUGAGCUACCUCUUUGCAUGCAACUUCUUACCAAUGCCAUGGAGUCCUCAAGACAACAGUUACAAUCUUGCAAAGGAAAUCAAGGAGGAAGACCAAUUCUUGAAGAAUUUAUGCCCUUAAAACAUUCAAACUUAGAAGGUUCUGAUCAAAAACUAACAAACAUUUCUGAUAAAGCCAAUUGGAUGGUAUCUGCACAACUAUGGAGUCCGGCAAAUGGAGACGCGAAUAAGCAACAAUCUUCAACGUUGCCUAAAUCCGAAGCUGAAAAUGCAUUCAAUAUCAGCAGCCCUAAACUUGCAUUAGACAACAAUCAAAGAAAUGGAGGAGCUUUUCUUCCAUUUGCAAAAGAACGAAAUUCGAUCCUUGAUAAUUCAAGCUUAAGGUCACUUCCUGAUUUGGCUCUAGCAUCUAGUGAAAGAGAUGUAGAAGAUAAUAACAGAUUAGAGAGUGAAAAUGGAUUAAGUGGAUCAAGGAGUGAUAAUUCUAGUAAAGGAGGAAAUGCCAUGGUUGGUAUGGCGGCUAUAGAUAGCCAACCACCUACCGCGACAACCACUACCACCACCACUACCACCACCGCACAGGCUAAUAGGAAGGCGAGGCGGUGUUGGUCACCGGACUUGCACCGACGAUUUGUCAACGCUCUUCAAAUGCUUGGUGGUUCUCAAGUGGCUACCCCUAAACAAAUUAGGGAGUUAAUGAAGGUUGAUGGUCUCACCAAUGAUGAAGUGAAAAGUCAUCUCCAGAAAUAUAGACUUCACACAAGAAGGCCAAGCCCAAGUCCCCAAACAGCAGGAGGGCCACCACCACAGCUGGUUGUGUUAGGAGGAAUAUGGGUCCCACCAGAAUACGCCACGGCAGCGGCCGCGGCGCAUGGAGGUGGACCCACAAUCUAUAGUACUCACCCAACAAGUCAAGUAUCAUCACACUAUUGUUCACCAACAGUGCCACCAGAUUUUUACCCACAACUAUCAGCACCACCACAAGCUCACCCUCAAGCACUGCACCACCCAGCCCUACAUCACCAUCACCACCACCACCAGCUCCAUGUUUACAAAACCGCCUCGCACACACAGACUCGAAGCUCACCGGAAUCAGAUGCUCAGGGAGCCGGUGCUGGCCGGUCCGAAAGCAUCGAAGACGGCAAGUCCGAGAGCAGUAGCUGGAAAGGUGAAAGUGGGGAAGAUGAAGAGAGAAAGAAGCUUGCAGCAUUUAGAGAUGAUGGUGAUCAAGAGAGUAAUGGCAGUGAGAUUACUCUUAAGUUCUAGUGUUCUAGGGUUAGAGUUAGGAUUAGGGUUUGAGUUUCUAACUUUUGUCCUCAUUCUUGUGUGAAUUAUCUGUGUAGAUUGGGAGGGUAAUUAAAUUAAAUUAAAGAGGCAGGCCAUAAAACAGAAAGUGAUGAGUGUUUGUUACUUUGUUUUGCUAACUAUUAUUCCUUUAAGUGAUGUCUUAUUCACUAUCCAAUGAUAAAAUUCAUCAAUAGAUUU